AUGCCGUCUCUCAACUUAGCGACGUCGUGGCCGCACCAGCUCGCCGCGACGAUGCUCGCCAAGCAGCCCGAGCACAAGAGCCCCGAGGGAAGCGGCUCAGGAAGGUCGCUGCCCACCUCGCUGCUCGUCACCUCGACGCUGGCCGCAAUCUUUGCCACCAUCUUCUCGUUUUUCCUCAUCUGGAAGCAGCUCAAGAACUAUCGCAAGCCGAUACUGCAGCGCUACGUGGUGCGGCUGCUGCUCAUGGUGCCCAUCUACUCGAUCGCCUCGGUGAUAUCGCUCUACUCGCUCGAGCUCGCUGACAUCAUCGACCUUUUUCGCGAUCUGUAUGAGGCUUUCGUCAUCUACUGUUUCUUCAAUCUGCUCAUCGAGUAUCUCGGCGGAGAGCGCAGCCUCAUCGUCCUCCUCCAUGGCAGACGCCCACAGCAGCAUCUCUUCCCUGCCAAUCUCUUUCUGCACGACAUGGACGCUUCGGAUCCGUACACCUUCCUCGCGCUCAAGCGCGGUGUGCUGCAGUACGUGCAGGUCAAGCCCGUACUGGCCGUAGCGACGCUGCUGCUCAAGGCGGCGGGCAAGUACGAGGAGGGCAAGAUCUCGGUCAGCAACGGAUACACCUGGGUCUCGUUCACGUACAACGUGUCGGUCUUCCUCUCGCUCUACUGCCUCGCCAUGGUGUGGAAGUGCCUCAACAGCGACCUCAAGCCGUUCCGCGUGACGUCCAAGUUCCUGUGCAUCAAGGGAAUCAUCUUCUUUUCCUUCUGGCAGGGGCUCGGCAUCUCGAUCCUCGUGGCGGCCGGCAUCCUCAAAAAGGUCGGCCCGGUGUACGAUCCCGAGUACAUCUCGAUGGCGAUCCAGGACUUUAUGAUCUGCCUCGAGAUGCCCAUCUUUGCGCUGGCGCAUGCGUACGCCUUUUCGCACACCGACUACAUCGAUCCGUUUGCGCACUAUGCGGCGAGGCUGCCCGUGUAUUAUGCGCUGCGCGACUGCAUCGGCAUGUACGACGUCUUUUCGGACAGCCUGACCACCGUGCGUGGCACGGGAUACGUCUACCAGACGUUUGAGCCGAGCGAGGGCGUGAUCCACCAGCCGCUCGCGCGCGAGCGCAGGUCCAAGGCCGGACUGCGCUACACUCAGGGCGGCAAGGGCAAGUACUGGUUGCCGCAGCGCGGUACUGGCGAUAUCCGCGACGCUACGCAGGGAGCGCGCCACCAGGGUCCGCUCAAGAAGCUGCGCCGGUACAUCAACGAUAAGCGCAUGCAGCUCGAAGGGCAUGCGCCGUUAACGCCUCAGGAGGCUGGCGAGAUCGUGCACGAGGACCCGGAUCUCGAGCACCAGGAAAGCUCGGAACGCAGCCCGCUGCUGCCGCACCCCAAGAAGGUGGCACGCAGUGCGGUGCGGCAUGCGGGCGAUGGGCUCGAUUUUUUCGCCGAGCGCCAGCUCGACUCGGACGAGGAGGCCGAGGAUCUGGGCUUCGACAGUCCGGACGAGGAAGAGGAGGAGGCGUACGAGCGCUCGCGCUCGCUCCACUUUGGCGACUAUGCCUAUCCGAAUAUCGACAUUACGCGCGAGCAGGCACGCCACUCGCGCUGGCAGCAGGACGACGAGAUCGUCCACCGCCGCCGACGCAAGGAUACGCUCUCCAAGAAGGCCAAGUCCGAGCCGACCCAGGCUAGGCCGCGCGAGGGUGGCGAUGAUGCGGCACAGGGUGAAACAAACGGCGAGGCACAGAGGGACGAGCAAGCCGGGAGCAGUAAGGCGAAGGGCAAGGCCAAGGUCAGCGAUGAGUCUGCAAAGGCUCCAGUGAAAGAGGACCAGGAGGGCCAGCAGACGAACAGCAAGUCGCAGGAUUCAAAGACCACGCAAGCGACGGAGGCGAAGGCGGAUGCGCCAAGCGAUCCCAAGAUCGAGGCGAAAGAGGAGGAUCCGUACGGCGCAGUGGAUCUGGUGGUGGAGGACUACAAGGCCGAGGAGCGGGAGCGGCUGAUGGAGCGUCGACGCGGCGAUCCAGCGCUUCGCGCCGGCGGCACGCGCAUCUUUCGCAAGAAGUACACGCCUUCGCCCAACGCCUCACGCUCAGCCACGCCGAACCCCGACCAAAGAACGACGUCCAACAGCCAAACUCACAAGAACAGCGACGCGCAAGACACACAGAUGGAUCGGCUCCUCUCGACGCGCAUCGACGUGGAUGACAACGAGACCUUCCUCAAGGGCCGCUCGCUCUCGCCGCUCGGCCAGAAUGCGAAGCUGCCCGAUUCGCACGAUUCGAAUCCAUGGGCUUGA